CCGAGGCUAUUCUACCUUGCAUCUCUCUCUCUCUCCCUCCUCCUGCCGUGUGUCUGAACUUGAAAUGUGCAUCGAGACACCGUUGAUUCCUUGAGUUUCUCGACUCCAGUGACAUCCCUCAUCAAAAGUGGACUCAAGGAGGGAUAGUUGAACAUCGUGAGCAUCGUCGGUGUCGGAAAACCAAGGUCAAUGCGGUGGCUGACUCCCGUGUCUGUGUUCUCGGCGAAGGACAAACAUACACCUAGCCUGCUCCUGCUCGCCCAGCCAGGCCGAGCUAGAGAGAGCCUUCUGGCUAUUUUGGUUUUGUUGCCUUCAGCACUGGACCGCGAGUGGAUUAUUGGUCGCUGGUGAUCUGUGUGUGCAUCAGCUAAAAUGGCGGAUUUGAGCCCUAUGGAAGCAGACAGUCCCACAGGUGGGCAGAAACGAAAAAGCCCCGAAGACACAGACGGCGACGCGCUCUCUCCCAGGAAGCAACCAUCCAAUGAUGUCAAUGCAGCAUUUCAGGGCCUCAUUGACGGGCCGGACGUUUCCGAUGUCACAGCCAACGAUGUGGAUGUUACUGAGGAGCGAGUGGCGGGCCACUCAGCUACCUUGGGACCCAUCACAAGUUUGGGGGGUAGCAGUGGAAGUAGUGGAGGUGGUUUCACGACAAGACUUGCUCAUACUCCAACGUCUGACUUUCAGCCGCCAUAUUUUCCCCCUCCCUACAAUCUUCCUCAGCAGCAUCACCUCGAGUUUCAGCCUGCGCCUUCGGACCCGUACGUGCAACAGUUGAACUCGAUUCAUCAACCUCAGCACCCGUAUGGCCUGGCAACUCAACGACCGGAUAUCCUUCGUCGCACCGAUAAUUCCGAUCCUAUCCACGUAGUCAGUAUCAGCACCGCGGCAUUGGCGUAUGAAGCCGGUCCUAGGACCGAGAGUUACCGGAUCCGGAGGCCAGAUACGGUAUUGAUGCACGGUGGCCAUCAUGGUCUCGACGGUGGAGAUGCCAUAAUCCUACCCAAUGCCUUGCCCACGCUGGACGAUGGACAGGGCACUCCAGUUGAUGGUGAUACUACUUUCAUGACAGAUGUCUCGGAUGAUGUGGAGAACUCCAAAGAACUCAGUCUCAGUGGGGUGGUGAAUCCGACAGACGUAUUUUGCUCAGUUCCUGGUCGCCUCUCGUUACUCAGUUCCACGUCUAAAUACAAAGUGACUGUGGGGGAAGUGCAGAGGCGCCUUUCUCCUCCAGAAUGUCUCAACGCUUCCCUUCUCGGUGGAGUCUUGAGAAGAGGACAGGCUCGAUGGUGUUACGUCACUGUCACUGGUCUCUAUCUCUGUGGAACCCGGUUUCGCAUGACUGGAUUCCGGAUGAAAAGAGUGGAGGAUCUCUACGGGGUCUUCCAGCCUUCCUUCUAUGGAAGUCUUGAUGGAUACCCGGCCAAGUCCAAGAAUGGAGGGCGUUUAUUGCGAGAGAAGUUGGAGAAGAUCGGCUUGAAUCUCCCUGCCGGUCGGCGGAAAGCCGCCAAUGUCACUUUGUUGACGUCAUUAGUGGAAGGUGAAGCCAUUCACUUGGCGAGGGACUUCGGCUAUGUUUGCGAGACGGAGUUCCCAGCCAGGCAAAUAGCGGAAUAUUUGAGCCGUGGUUGUGGCGGAGAUCCGGGAGAACAGUAUCGGAGGAAGGAGCUCAUCCUCGCCGCCAAGCAAAUCACCAAAGAGCUGAUGGACCUGUUGAAUCAGGACCGGAGUCCCCUGUGUAACACUCGGCCCCAGAUCCUCCUCGAGCCGAACAUCCAACGACAUCUGACGCACUUCUCGUUGAUCACACACGGGUUCGGGAGCCCAGCCAUCGUCGCUGCUCUCACUGCCGUUCAGAAUUACCUGAACGAAAGCAUCAAGUACCUGGAGAAGCAGUUCCCCGGCGGGAAUCCACCGCCGUCUCACGUCACAGUGUCUGCUCCGCAAUCUUUGGAUCAGAAACCCAAAGACUUGGACAAGAAAUAACUCCUAACUCUUCUCUACCCUAAAUUUUGUUUUCCUACUCGGCCCUCCAAACUCAGGAAGUGAUCGCAUCUGUGUGUUUUUUGGUUCUUCUUCUGUUGAUUGUCUGUUGAGAGAGAACCCUUCUUGCCACCGCCGUUCCCCCAGUGCCAGCCGAUCCAGGAGUAAAAGAAAAAGACGCAAGAAAGGAAAAAAGAAAGGAACAACCACGGCUCACGACUGGUUUUGGCAAUGACGUCAGGCCCUUGCGAAAAUUGUGAUACAUGAUCCAGUAUUAGGGAAACAAAACGAAUUCUGAAAUCUUUUGAGUUUUGUGGCUCCGGUUUGAGUGCCAGAAGUCGCAGCAUGGGAUCUCGCUCAUCGGCAAACUCUUCCUGUUCCCCCUCCCCCCCUACCCCCCAACCCCCCU